AUGGCGGCUCGUGUCCUUUCUGUCUGUGUCUGCCGCCUACCUGCCCUCGCCUUUCAUGCCCCUGCCCCAGCUUCCCACACAGGCCUUGGUCCAGCCACUGUCUACCCUGAGGGAACCCGGAGGAGGUCCGGGACUCUGCAUCCCACCCUGGUCCUCACGCUGGUGCCUAGAAGGGUCACACACUUGUGCGGCCAGUACAGUGGCACACCCCCUUUGAUGUUGGAGGGAAUUAAGGACCAAGUGCUGUAUGUCUUGAAACUCUAUGACAAGAUUGACCCAGAAAAGCUCUCAGUAAAUUCUCAUUUUAUGAAGGACCUGGGCUUAGACAGUUUGGACCAAGUGGAGAUUAUUAUUAUGGCCAUGGAAGAUGAAUUUGAAAUUUCUGAUAUAGAUGCAGAGAAGUUAAUGUGUCCACAAGAAAUUGUAGAUUACAUUGCAGAUAAGAAGUAUGUAUAUGAAUAA